AUGCCGACGAAGAUGGCGGCGAACUGCUGGAAGGCCAUGUUCGAGGUUCCGAUCUGCAUGUUCGACAUAGUGAAGGCGUACGAAGGCGGGUCCGUGCUCGACAUCGGGAAGCCUUGCUGCAGAGCUUACGUGGAUCUCACCGACGACUGCCGGCUCGAGGUUUUCCAGCAUGCCAAGCACUUCAAGGCCAUGGAAGGAUUCUGUCAAGCCGUCAUCGGCGCCGCCCCUAUCGGCGGCGGCGGCGUCAAGGCUCCGCCUCCUCAUCAUCAUUCCGCUUGA